CUUUCCUCACGUCAACGGCUUCUGCUACGCGUGAGCUCACAGUUUCUGUAUUGAUGUUAUUUUUCCAUAUCGGCCAACUGAACACAUGUAACGUAAGAGUGUUUAAGGAUGGGUUGAAAUGCAUCAUAGUGUAAAUUAUGAAAUGUGAAUUGCGCUUUGCAACUUGAUAGGAGUAUUUUCGCAAUAUAUGAAUUCCGUAUCAUUAGUCACUGAGUUGACGGUACACAGAGCUCGGUCUUGCAAUGGAAAAUUGAUUAAUAGCCGAUUUAGUCAGUUCCCCAUUUUGCAAACAGUGGGUCAAUUGAGAUUGGUAAAUGGUCAGCUUGUUAACAACUUGGUGGUGCAGCAGCAAAGAGAAGUUUAGUGGUAUAAAAGAUAAAGAUUGGACAAUGGUUAUAACAUUCAUAGUGCACCUGUCUCUGGGCCCUGAAUUCAGGCUGGAGUCUGAUCCGUCCGGAGGAUGGGGAAUAUCAUGCGAGGCGUGAGUUCCACGGGCAAAGUCAACACAGACAGCUCUAUAAAAGUUUCAGAGGAUGACAUGGUGGUGGUGCUUCAGGACUACCCGUUGCCUGAAAUCAGCGAGCCCAUCUACAGGAUGGGGGAGAAGCUCAGACUCAUCGCUCAGGAGGCUUACUGGUGGAGAGUACGCUCUGUACAAACACAAAAGGAGAACUACAUACCAAACAGCCAUGUGGCAAAAGUAUACCAUGGUUGGCUGUUUGAGGGGGUCGAGAGGCAGAAGGCCGAAGAGCUGCUGUGUCUCCCUGGGAACAGAGUGGGCUCCUUCCUGGUGCGGGAGAGUGCCAGGGAGAGAGGUCUGUAUUCGCUCUCAGUGAAGCACAGGAUCGUAAAGCACUAUCGUAUCUUCAGACUGGAAAACAGCUGGUACUACAUCUCCCCUCGCCUCACUUUCCAGUGCCUUGAAGAUAUGAUCAACCACUACUGUGACUUUGCAGAUGGCCUGUGUUGUGCAUUAACCUCCCCGUGUCUGUCAGGAAUGACCCCGCCACCAGCUGCAUCCCCUGGAGCUCCACCUGUAGUCAUGCGACGCAACUUUGACUGGAAGAAGAUAGACAGGAGACAGCUGGUCAGCACAGACAGCCGCAGUGACAACAUGGUGAGCUACGGAGUCAGAAACAGUAUCGCCGCCUACUUGUCCUUUUCUGGGAAUCAGAACUCUGAGCAGACAAGAGCAGAAAGCAGGAAGAAAAAGAGUAAAUCUGUUUAUGCUCUCCCUGAAAAUGGCCUCGGAAAUAUUGACUAUGAAGAGGACUUCUAGAGAGAGAGCACAAGAGACUGGAAGGCCUUCAAGUGGAAGGCAGCACAGGGCAUCCUGCUCUCAAAUCCACCGCCUUUCUAAUGUCGGCUGUGAAACAACAUUUAAACAUUGCAGACAGUUUCUAAUGUGAGCACUGAACUACUUUAAAGAUAUAUACACAUUGCAUGACCACCUACACUUUGACUCAGUCAAUAAGACGGAUCUUUAUGGAGUUGAACUGAACGAUGGGGCAAUUGAUGUGUAUUCUGCAUAUGAAUUAUGAUGACAAGGAAACCUGAAUGCUAUGGAUAGUGUUGGGUAUUAUUAUUAUUGUGUAUGUGGAUUAGUGGCUUUCAAACUUUUUUCCUUUGUUGUUAAUAAAUGUGAUAUGGUCAAAUGGUUGUGACACCAACUUAAUCAUGCAUUUUUAUACAUGGUCAAGUUGACGUGUAAAACGUGUUAGCAAACAGUAUUUAUAAAUGCAGUAUAGAUACGAAGCAGCAUUAGCAAUGUUUUGGUCUCCAACAACUCCAGAGGGAAAUAUUUCAGCCUAAAAGAUUUGGUGUCGAAGAAGCAUAAUAAAUAAUCAUUUUGAAAAAGAUUAACUUUACUGAGGGAUUCACAAAUUGUUCCAAAGUGUAAAAAACUGUUUUAUGGAAACAAGACAAACUUUUGUUCGUUUGUUGAACUUCUUCUGUCCAGCUAUGUCUAUUCUCACUAUUUGACAUUUUCACCAAAUGAACUAACAUCUGCUAUUUUCAAAGAGAACAGCAACUCUUUGAUAAAGGAAUGCAAACACACAUUCAUCACCACUGCAGAAUACUUAUUUGUGCCAGAAAACAACUUCCUCUUCUGUUUCUAAGAGCUUGACCGAAACAUUUUUAACCACUAACCCCAAAGAGCCGACUAUGUGUUAACAUAAACUUGGGCCUGAAUAAAGUAAGCAACAUUUGGUGUUA